GAAAUGUUUCAUAUUGAUUAUUCGCAAUAGUUUUUAAUUAAAAAUGAAAAAAACUUAUACUGUUCGAAGAAAUGCUGGAAAAGUUUCCACAGUCGUUAAUAGACCAGUUUAUGAACUAGAUAAUUUAAAUGAACAAUUUCAAUAUGAAAUGCCGCAUAAAACAAUUAAAGAAAGAUGUGUGGAAGCAUGGGAAAGAGUGGAUUUUAUUGAAUGUCUAAAAAGAACUUUCCCGAUAGUGGUUUGGAUGCGGGAAUACCAUUGGAAGUAUGAUCUUUUAUCUGAUUUUAUUAGUGGUGUAACAAUGGCUGUUUUACAUAUACCUCAGGGUAUGGGUUUUGCUAUGCUAGGAAAUGUACCACCGGUAAUUGGAAUAUACAUGGGAAUAUUUCCGGUUUUAAUCUACUUUGUUUUAGGCACCUCAAGACAUGUCAAUCAAGGUACUUUUGCUGUUACAUGUCUUAUGACUGGAAAAGUGGUUAGUCAUUAUGCUACUAUUACCAUAAAAGAAGUUAAAGAUGCCUAUGAACCAAAAGAGGGAUAUACAAAUAUUCAAAUUGGUGCAGCGGUUACUUUUGUUGUAGCUUUUAUCGAAAUAAUUAUGUACAUCUGUAGACUUGGUAUAACUGCAUCAUUAUUAUCUGAAAGUUUGGUUAGUGGUUUUACAUGUGGAGCUGCAUUUCACGUCGUUAAUUCCCAACUUAGAGAUAUUCUGGGAGUUCCCAUUGAUAAACAUUUGGGAAACUUCUCAAUUCCUUUGACAUUAUACGAUAUUUUUCGAAGGAUACAUAAAGCGAAUUACUUUGCUAUAAUCAUGUCCAUACUCGCAUUUACUGCAUUAAUACUAAACCACAUAUUUCUGAAGCCACGAUGGAGGAAAUUGACAAGAAUUCCAUUGCCAAUAGAACUGAUUCUAAUUUUAUUGGGAAUAUUUGCUAUUGAUAUACUUCAUUUGGAAAGAAAACAUAAUGUUACAGUUGUCGGAUACAUACCAAAAGGUUUUCCAAAACCAUCAGUUCCACCAUUCUCUAUUAUGCCACAAAUAAUUGUUGACUGCAUAUUUAUAGCACUGGUGUCUUAUAUUAGCAAUAUGUCGAUGGCUCUAAUAUUUUCUAGACAGUUUAUGUAUGAAAUUGAUGCUAAUCAGGAGUUAUUGGCAUUAGGUGCGAGCAACGUCCUAGGAUCAUUUGUGUCAUGUUUGCCCAUGUGCGUUUCGUUAUCAAGGAGUGUAAUACAAGUUACAUCAGGCGGUGUUACUCAAAUAGUUUCGGUGGUAUCUGCCUUUCUUUUGGUUAUUGUUUUAUUGUGGUGUGCACCAUUUUUUGAAACUUUACCAAGGUGCGUCUUAGCCAGUAUUAUAGUUGAAUCGCUAAAAGGACUAAUAUUCCAAGUUGCUCAUUUCCAAGAUUUUGGCGACUAAGCAAAUGGGAUGGUAUGGUCUGGAUAAUUACAUUUUUGGUUACUUUUUUUAUUUCUAUUAUCUACGGAUUGAUAGCUGGAAUUGUUGCUGCAGUUUUCAGUCUAUUUAUGCAAGGAUAUCACACACAUACAUGUAUUUUGGGACUUGUGCCCAAUACGGACCUGUAUUUAGAUAUCGAGAGAUAUAAAUCGGCACAAGAAAUUGCGGGUAUUAAAAUUUUUCAUAUAUCAGGUGGUUUAAGCUUUUCGUCAAGAUUCUUUUUUAAUGAUACACUUAUAGAAGCAACAGGCAUUGAUCCAACUAAAAUUUUUAAAAGAAGAUUAUGGCUCGAAAAGAAAAGUCUCCCACCAGAGGAGCAAGAAUUUGAAUAUCAGUGGAUAGUCGUUGAUUUGUCCAGAGUAACGUUUAUUGAUCCAUCUGCUGUAGCGUCGCUGAGAACUUUGCAAGAAGAUUAUGCCAAGCUAAAUAUAACAAUAUUACUUGUUAUAAUUUCAGGUCCUGUAUUUGAAACAUUUGUUAGAUAUGAUAUAGUGGAAAAGAAAGAACCAAUUUUUAUGAUUUUCCCCACAGUCCAUGAUGCAGUGCUUCAUGCUCUCGGAACUGGUAUACUUAACAGGCCCGCAACAGAACCGUUUAAACGAGAAGAGGAAGUUAAACUUGGUAGAUAAAUCUUAAAUGAUAUUUGUAUCGUUCAUUCAUAUGUAGAUAUAAAUUUAUUAUAACUAAAUAAUAUAUAUAUUAAAAUGGUUCAAUUAUACUCUUAGCUCUACAGCUUCAAAUGGAAUUUACUUGCUCUAGGUUAGUAGACAAUAAAUAUAUAAAAUGUU